GCCGGAUCCAAGUUGUGACAGCUGAGUGUCCAUGUCAGUGCGAGUCCCACGGGAGCCUCCAGGUCCUGCGUGUGUGUGAGACAGAUCCACACACACCCUAUAACCCUAACCCGGCUCCAGACGGCGCCUCGAACCCAGGAGGGCGGGUUGAUGAUGGUGUAGCACGGAGCGCUAUCCCUGAGACAGCAGGACUUUGAGCAGCAGUGUAGCAGCGUGGGGCAGACCGAGGCAGACCACAACGGCGUAGCCAUGCUAACACUGGCCAGUAAACUGAAGAGGGAGGAUGGAGGAAAGACGGGACGUGCCUCUGGAGCCUCCGACUCCACCCACAGAAUCUCCAUCAGAGACCGCCUCCUUACCAAAGAAGUUGCAGAACUUGAAUCCAAUCUCCCCAGUACAUGCAAAGCUAGUUUCCCUGAUGAAGACCAGCUGCAUCAUUUUCAGCUGGCAGUGUCUCCUGACGAAGGUUACUACCAAAGUGGACGGUUUCAGUUUGAAAUCAACGUUCCCGAAGCCUACAACAUGGUGCCUCCUAAAGUGCGAUGUCUGACCAGAAUAUGGCAUCCUAACAUCACAGAGAACGGAGAGAUCUGUUUGAGCUUAUUGCGGGAACACUCUAUUGAUGGAACAGGCUGGGCCCCCACUAGAACAUUAAAGGACGUUGUCUGGGGAUUGAACUCCUUGUUUACUGACCUGUUGAACUUUGAUGACCCGUUGAACAUCGAUGCGGCGGAACAUCAUCUGAAGGACAAGGAAGAUUUCCGGAAUAAGGUUCAAGAUUACAUCAAGCGCUACGCCAGAUGAUAGAAGCACCAACAUCCGCCUGCAACAAUCAACCAAACUACUCUACCUUGCCUCUGCUUAUCUUGGCCAACUUCUCGAUGUGUGUGAACCUACAGCUGAUUCUGUGACACUAACGACCCCCCCCCCCCCUCUCGACACCUCGCCCGCCUGUCUCCGUUCAUCAGAUUGCAAUAAUCACCAUCUUGCAGGAACAAAAAAGAAAAUGAGAAAAAAGAUGUGUGGCUACGAAAAGACUUGCAUACAAAAGAAGUUUAUCUUUCAUUAUCCUAAAGAGUUGAGUUUCACAACGACCACAAUGUCUUCACGUGGAAAGAUCGUGAAUCUUCGCAUCAAGUCCCACUCGUCGCCAUGGGUCAUUUCCGACUGGCGCAAAAAAAAUACAAAAAAACUUACAUGAUGCUAUUUUAGAAUUUGAUGAGUCAUGAGAAAGAUUCUGCUACUAUCAAUUCUCUGUUCCAGUGCCUGCCAUGUUUGUGUUGCUAAAGAGAAAAUGCAUGUGAGCUCACAAACACACAGACACACAGACACUGUCGCAUUCUGUGGUCAGAUGUGAAUAUAUGUACAUGCAUUUCUUGUCUGUUAAAUACACACAUACAGACUCAAGUUGAACAGCCUUCAACCCCCCCGCCCCACUCGACAGCAUGUGAAUGACCACAUUGUCUCGUUGAGUAGUUAUUCUCACAAGUUCACACACACACACAUACAAUUAUUUUGUAUUUUCAGCCCCAGUGGGAUAAAUUGCUAUUAGUAAAACCACAGCCAAAUGUAUUGUACUAUUUUCAGCUGUCACCUCUGUUCCCCUAUUCUCCUUUACAGUUUUUUUUGUCUUUCCACGA